AUGGGCAGCGUUUCCGGCCUCCUGUUUCGCGUGCUAUGUCUUGUCUUCGUCGUCCGUAGCGCAGGCGCUCUCGCGCGGACAACAGGACCCGCGCAGACACCCCUCUCCACACCCGCCAACGACACCGUCUCCCGCGAGCUCUUCUUCGAGCUCGAGGAGCUGGCCCGCAUAGUCGACAUCUCGUACUGCGUGGGCACGGCCGGGCUCGGCAUCACCAAGCCCUUCAGCUGCGCCAGCCACUGCGGCGACGAGGACUUCAAGGACUUCGAGCUGGUCACCGCUUGGAACACAGGCCCCCUCUUCAGCGACUCGUGCGGCUACAUCGCCCUCUCGCACCCGCCGUCCCGUCCGCGCAUCCUCCUCGCCUUCCGCGGCACCUACUCUAUCGCCAACACCAUCGUCGACCUCUCCACCAUCCCCCAGGAAUACGUGCCCUACCCUGGCGACGAUGACGAUGGCGCUACAUCGGACUUCCUCGCGCCUCCUCAACCCUCACCCUCUUCCGAUGGCGACGAGCCUCCCCCGGCGGACCCCCCCGAAUGCACAAAUUGCACCGUCCACACCGGCUUCUACACCUCCUGGCUACACACGCGCAAAGCCAUUCUGCCCCAACUAACGGAAGCCAUCAAUCAACAUCCUGAUUAUGAGAUUGUGCUGGUCGGCCACUCCCUCGGCGGCGCCGUCGCCGCUUUGGCGGCCCUCGACCUGCGCGCGCGAGGCUGGAAUCCCACCAUCACCACCUUUGGCGAGCCGCGCGUCGGCAAUGCAGCACUGAUGUCUUACAUCAACGCGCGCUUCAACAUCACGUCCAACCGCGCUACCAACAGAUACCACAGGGUAACCCACGCUUCGGACCCCGUGCCCUUGCUCCCCCUGGCCGAGUGGGGCUACACGAUGCACAGCGAAGAGCUCUUCAUCUCCGCGCCCUCGCUCCCUUUUACCCAGGCCGACAUCCGGCACUGCAACGGGGACGAAGACGGGAGCUGCAUCGCGGGCACCGAGGCCGAGGGAGAGGGCUGGGGCAUCCCCGCGCGGUUCAAGUUCUGGGAGCUGUUCUUCGCACACCGGGAUUAUUUCUGGCGCCUGGGCCUGUGUGUGCCCGGCGGCGAUCCAAAGGACUGGUAUCGGAAGUAUCCGAAGCACGGAGACGACGAGGAAGGCGGCGUGCAGGACAUUGGCGAGCUAUGA